UACGUGAUUCUAAAGAAUCGGCAUAUGUCCACGAGGUGAUUUGAAGUAAACAUAAAAGAAUUAUCACGAUGGAAAAAUAUGUAAAACCAUUGACAGACCACAAUGUGGAUUCUCAGUUUAUGGGUGUUGUAGCUGCAAUAAUUGCGAUUAUUAUAACCAUAGUACUAUUUACCAUAUGGCGCAGAAAGAAAUCUAUAGAAAACAGUAUAUUGUUAACUGGUCUCAGUGAUGCUGGUAAAACAUUGAUAUAUGCCCAUCUAGUUUGUUCCAAGUUUGUCAAAACACAUACAUCUGUAAAAGAAAAUGUAGGAAACAUCAUAAUCAAUAAUCAUUCCUUGAGGCUUGUUGAUAUACCUGGACAUGAACGUCUGCGGUAUAAAUUCUUUGAUAAAUUCAAGUUAUCCACAAAGGGACUUGUCUAUGUGAUUGAUUCUGUGACUUUCCAAAAGGAUAUUCGAGAUGUAGCAGAAUUUUUAUACAAUUUAUUGUCUGAUUCUGCUAUACAAAAAAAGGCUGUACUUGUACUAUGCAAUAAACAAGAUCAGACUAUGGCAAAAGGUUCAGUUGUUAUAAAAACUUUAUUAGAAAAGGAAAUGAAUUUACUACGUAUGACAAAAACAAGUCAGUUGGAAGCUACAGAUGCAUCAGCAACAAAUAUCUUUCUUGGCAAGCAGGGAAAAGAUUUUGAAUUUUCCCAUUUGGAUACAAAUAUUGAAUUUGCAGAAUGUAGUGCAUAUAAUAAAGAUCCUGAUACCUCUGCAGAUAUUGAACAAUUAAAUAGUUGGUUAAAACAAAUAGUAUAA